AUGUCAGCUCCUAAAACUGAGAAAGAAGUUCGAAGCUUUUUGGGGAGUUUAAACUACAUUGCUCGAUUUAUUUUACAACUUACAGUCACUUGUGAACCAAUCUUUCGAUUACUUCGAAAGAAAAACCCCGGAGUAUGGGAUGAAGACUGUCAAGAAGCCUUUGAUAAGAUCAAACAAUAUAUGCAAAAACCACCGCUAUUGGUGCCACCAGUGCCUGGGAAGCCUCUCAUUUUGUAUUUAACAGUGACUGAAUCAGCAAUGGGCUGUGUGCUUGGCCAACAUGAUGAGUCUGGGAGAAAGGAGCAAGCCAUCUACUACCUUAGUAAGAAAUUCACUGAAUGUGAAUCUCAUUACAGUAUGAUUGAGAAGCUGUGUUGUGGUUUGGUAUGGAGUGUGAAAAGGCUCCGACAGUAUAUGCUAUAUUAUACCACUUGGUUAAUUUCAAAGAUAGAUCCUCUGAAAUAUAUUUUUGAAAAGCCAUAUAUGUCAAAUAGGCUGGCCAGAUGGCAAGUGUUGUUGGCUGAAUAUGAUAUCAUCUACAAAACAAGAAAAUCCAUGAAAGGAAGUGCAAUCGCAGAUCAUUUAGCUGAUAACACCAUUGAAGACUAUGAGCCAUUAAAUUUUGACUUCCCUGAUGAAGAUGUGUUGGUAAUAGAAAGAGAUUGGUGGACCAUGUACUUUGAUGGUGCGGUGAAUGUGUAUGGUAAUGGAGCUGGUGCUACAAAGGGGGAAUGGCAAACAAAAGAUGAGAAAUUGAAAUCAUAUCAAGAAUAUAUCUCCAAAUUGGCUGAAAACUUUGAAAAGAUAGAGUUCAAUCAUUUAGGAAGGGAUAAGAAUCAGUUUGUGGAUGCUUUGGCAACCUUGGCCUCUAUGGCCACGAUUGAUUGUGGUAUCAGAGUACAUCCUAUAGGCAUUGAUAUCAGAAGUUCUCCUGCUCAUUGUUGUUUAAUAGAAGAAGAAGUGGAUGGCAAUCCUUGGUAUGCAGAUAUAAAAAGAUUCAUCCAAUAUCGGGAAUAUCCUUCUGAAGCUUCAAAGACAGAUAAGAAGACUCUAAGAAGAAUGGCAAUAGAAUACUUUAUAGAUGGAGAAAUCUUAUACAAAAGGUCAUUUGAUGGGACUUUAUUAAGGUGUCUGGACAUAUCAGAAGCCAAUAAAGCCUUGUAUGAAGUGCAUGGAGGAAUUUGCACCACCUAUGCAAACGGACACAUGAUGGUGUAUAGUGACAAAAUCAAUGCGCCUCCAUUGCCCUUAUUCAAUAUGGUGUCACCUUGGCCAUUCGUGAUGUGGGGGAUAGAUGUGGUUGGGCCUAUUAAUCCAAAAGCUAGCAAUGGUCGUCGGUUUAUCUUGGUUGCAAUUGACUAUUUUACAAAGUGGGUAGAGGCCUGCUCAUAUGCUCAUGUGACUCAGAAGGUGGUCAAGCAAUUCAUUGAGAGAGAAGGUAUGGAAUGGCUUCCUUAUGCUCUAUAUGCAUAUCGAAUAGCAGUAAGGAUGUCAACUGGCGCUACACCUUAUUCACUAGUUUACGGAAUGGAGGCAGUGAUGUCGUUGGAAGUAGAGGUUCCUUCUCUAAGGGUCCUCAUGAAAUCUGAGCUAGAAGAGGCUAAAUGGGCUAAGAUACGAUAUGAGCAGCUAAAUAUGAUCAGUGAGAAGAGAUUAGCUGCAAUUUGUCACCACCAACUGUAUCAAAACAGGAUAGCAAGAGCGUAUGACAGAAAAGUUCGACCACGAGAGUUCAAAUAA